AUGAAUUCAGCUGAAAUCACUGAUGAUGAUGAAGUAAAAAUUCCGAAAAAAAAUAUUGUGAAAGUAGAAACAGAUAAUGAAGAUGAAGCUCUAGACUGCUCGGUAACAUCCAGAUCUGCUGAGAAACACUCACUGGAUGGCGCAGUUACUUGCCUACAGGAUUCCAACAAACGGAAACAGACCUCACUUGGUUGUGAUGGUUCAGGGAGCCAGCAAGAUGUCUUACCCAGUGUGAAGAAAAGACGCUUUACACAAGAGGGCCCCCUUUCAAACAUGAAGAACAGAGAUACUGGCUCACCCACUCAGGUAAAUGCAGAGCAGCCAAACAAGAACAAGAAUCCUAAUGUAACGUGGCUCUGUGAAGAAGAAUCCUUCAGUGACGUAACCACUCCAUCUUAUAAAAAACCUCUCUACGGCAUCUCACACAAAAUCACGGAGAAGAAGAACCCACCAGGAGCAGAGCAGUUUGCUUCUUAUGAGUUGUUUGAAAAAAUCAACCCCAGCAGUCCUUCGCAUCUUCGGACUUUGAACGAUCAACGCAAAAGGGACUCGGCUGCAGCCGUUGCCGUAACAGCGGCCACCGCAGAUUCCGACCCAAAUAUAUAUUCUUUGAUACAGAAAAUGUUUUACACGCUUAACACCCUCAAUACCAAUAUGACUCAGCUUCACAGUAAAGUUGACCUGUUGUCUCUGGAGGUGAGCAGAAUUAAAAAGCAAGUCAGUCCAGCAGAGUCCGUUGCAGACUUCAAGCCUCCCCCGGAGUACCAGCUGACUUCUGCGGAGCUCAAACAAAUCAUGGAUCAGAGCACGUCAGGCGGAGACUUAGCUUGCCGGUUGCUAGUGCAGCUCUUCCCAGAGCUCUUCAGCGACGAUGAGUUCAGCAGAAGCUGCAGUGCAUGCGGCUUUCUCAACAAAAGGAAACUUGAAUCUCUUCAUCUGCAGCUUAUCCGUAACUACGUGGAAGUUUGUUAUCCUUCUGUGAAGAAUACAACUGUGUGGCAGGUGGAGUGUUUGCCUCAAGUCAAUGAUUUUUUCAAUAGAUUUUGGGCUCAAAGGGAAAUGGAAAACAGUCAGCAGAAUGUGCAAUCGUCCAGUUUUUAUGAGACUGAGCAGGUCGAAUCCUCUCAUUUUAUGGAGGAUAAAGAGCAGGAGGAAGCUUUGUCCUUGGACCGGAGUAAUGCCAUUGCCUCAGAUUACAUGCUGGAUGCUCAGGAUCUCAAUGAAUUUUUAGAUGAAGCUUCUUCUCCAGGGGAGUUUUCUGUUUUUUUGUUACACAGAUUGUUUCCGGAACUCUUUGACCACAGAAAAUUAGCGGAAAGGUACAGCUGCUUUGGAGACUCUGGAAAACAACUGCUGGAUCCUCAUAGGCUUCAAAUAAUCCGUAGGUACACUGAAAUUUACUUUCCAGAUGUGCAAGAAGAAGAAGCCUGGUUGCAGCAAUGUGUUCAGCGAAUAAAUGAUGAGCUUGAAAAUACGUAUAUGGAUGGGAGUGAAUGCGAUCAGAUGAGAGAUGACUGUUACGAUUCUUCUAGUUUACCCGAUGAUCUGUCAAUCAUAAAAGUGGAAGACAGUUUUGAAUAUGAAAAACCUGGCAGGCGCUCCAAAAAAAUUUGGCUUGUACCCAUAGACUUUGACAAACUUGACUUUCCCCCUCCCGAUUUUGAUGUCCCUGUCCCAGAUUACCUGUUGAACAAAGAACAGAUUAAAAGCAUAUAUGAGAGCAGUCUUUCCAUAGGCAACUUUGCCUCUCGAUUGCUUGUUCUCUUAUUUCCUGAACUGUUUACUCACGAAAACUUACGGAAACAGUACAACUGUAGCGGGUCUUUAGGCAAGAAACAGCUCGACCCCACUAGAAUUAAAUUAAUACGACAUUAUGUGCAGAUACUGUACCCCAGAGCAAAGAAUGACAGAGUGUGGACAUUGGAGUUUGUUGGGAAGCUUGACGAGAGAUGUCGACGAAGAGACACGGAGCAAAGGCGCUCCUACCAACAGCAACGGAAAAUCCACGUGCCGGGGCCCGACAGGAGGGAAUUUCUCAGCUAUGCAAUAAACCCCGAGAGGUUUCGAGAAGAAUUCGAAGGGCCGCCACUGCCACCAGAAAGAAGCAGCAAGGAUUUUUGCAAGAUACCACUUGAUGAACUUGUUGUUCCUAAUCCAGACUUCCCAGUGCCUUCUCUGUAUUUGCUGUCUGAUAAGGAGGUAAGAGAGAUAGUGCAGCAGAGCCUGUCAGUCGGCAACUUUGCUGCCAGGCUUCUCGUAAGACUCUUUCCUGCGGAGAAUCUCAGACUGCAAUACAACCAUUCAGGUGCUUGUAACAAAAAACAGCUUGAUCCUAUCAGACUGAGACUGAUCCGUCAUUACGUGGAGGCAGUUUACCCCGUGGAGAAAAUGGAAGAAGUAUGGCAUUAUGAAUGUAUACCGAGCAUUGACGAAAGAUGCCGGCGUCCUAACAGAAAAAAGUGUGAUAUACUGAAAAAAGCAAAGAAAGCAAAAAAGUGA